GGAGGCCGACCAGACCAAUGCUGAGCCUGCCGAAAUCGCGUGCCCGUCGGCCCCACGCGCGCGGCCCGGCGAGUUUCCACGCGCUUUCGCCAUCCGGCGCCCCCUUCGCCCGCCGCACUCGUCUUUAUCUCUUCCACCUAACCCUUCUCCUCGCCUCAUUCCCAUCGCCCCUCUUCUCUCUUCCACGCCCAAUCUUCUCCCCUUUCAUAGAUCGAUUUCGGAUCUCUACGUUCCAUGGGUGAUCUCACGGAUUCCUCCACCCCUCAGCCUCAGGUUCAGCCUCCGCCGCAGCCGCCGUCCCGGCAGCUUCCGUUCCGGGAGGAUUGCUGGACGGAGGAGGCUACGGCCACGCUCGUGAACUCCUGGGGCCGCCGUUACUUGGAACUCAACAGGGGGAAUCUCCGGCAGAAGGAUUGGCAGGAGGUUGCCGACGCCGUCAACACGCGUCACGGCCAUACCAAGAAGACUCGCCGGACGGACGUCCAGUGCAAGAAUCGGAUCGAUACUCUUAAGAAGAAGUACAAGACGGAGAAGGCUAAGAUCGCCGACUCGAACGGAACCCUAACGUCGUCCUGGCCGUUUUUCUCCGAUUUGGAUCUGUUGAUCGGAUCUAAUUUCAACAAGCAUAACGCCAAACUAACGCCGUCCCCGGCGCCGUUACAACAGGCGUCUCCUUCGCACUCUCCGAUUCCGUUAUCCCUUCCCUCGCCGCCAAUGGCCGUGCCUCUGUCCUACCGCCGCCCAUCGACGCCGGUUGUUCUGCCUCACAAGCGCCCCUUACCUUCCCCGGUUGUGGAUGAGUCGUACUUCAGGAGGAAUUAUUCCGCCAUGGCGGCCGCGGCUGCCGCCGCCGAGGAUGAACCCGAUGCAGACGACGACGACGGCGACUCUCCCGGGGAGGAAACGGAGGGAAGCGAGGAUAGGGCGGCGGCUCCUCCCCGUGAAGAAGAAGACGGACAAGAGGGAAUGAGGAGAUUGGCGAAGGCGAUAGAGCGGUUCGGGGAGAUAUAUGAGAAAGUGGAGGGCAUGAAGCAGAGGCAGCUUGUGGAGUUGGAGAAGCAGAGGAUGCAGUUUGCCAAAGAUUUGGAAGUUCAAAGAAUGAGGCUAUUCAUGGAUACUCAGGUCCAGCUGGAGAAGAUCAAACAGGCCAAACGAUCUAGAUCUUCUGAUGAUAAUUAUAGCUAGCUAGCCGGAAGGAAGAUAAUUCUUGAUCCAAAUUAAUUGUCGUGCAGGCGCGAGAUGGUUGUGAAUCCCUUGUCCCAAGUUAGGACAAAUUUUCAAGCUGUGGAGGGUUCACGAGAGCCUAAACUUUCUAGACACUGCCGUGUAUUUAUCAUUUCUUUGUUUGUUUUUGGUUAAAUUGACUGCAGAAUUGUCUAAUAGAAUAGUGGUCUCUCUAUCCUUUAAUGGCUUAUUUAUAAGAAAACUAGUUCUACUUUGCAUGUUCAA